CAACAACAACCACCAUCACGGCAUCCUCUUCACCCAGACGCACUCACGGAGACCGUAAACCCUCCCUUCUGCUCAAAGUUCUACGCAGCAUUCUCUUGGCCGGGGCGCAGCGUCGAGUCUAGUAGUCAAGUUGGAUUCGCAACUGUAACGGUGCCGAGGGUGCCAUCGGCGUUAAGGAGUACUGUACAUCUUUCAGUAGAUCCUAUCUCGCUGACUCUUGACCACGCCAAUAUUCUUCAGUCAAUCGCUUGGUCCAUUCACUACAAUACAUCGCAAAUGGCAUCGAGGAUCUGAUUCCUCACUCAUCACUAUUUAAUACACUCGUUUUUUGCAAAAUAUGAUGCUGAAAAGUAGGACCUUUCUUUCCGACCUUUUGAAGCAUGGCGCGUUUGGGGAACGAUAAUGCGAAAACUGACACCAAUAUAAGCCGGAUUAUCCCUUUCAAUCGGAUGACUCCUUUUAUGGAUCCUACCACGAGCGAACAGCAGAGUCUCGAGGAGAAAAAAUCCUCUUCAGAUGAGAGAAAUUUUGGCCCAAGCCGUAGAUUACUUAUCUCGCCACUUCGACGAAUUCAACGGGGCCUUGUACGAACUUCAAAACUGGUCACCAAAAACCCCGUGGUUCUCAAGAUCCUUGGACAAAGUCAAUUGCCACCAACGAAAGAUGGUCGAAAAAUUGAUUUGGACGCCUCAAGAAACAUCCCUCUCAUCGAUGAAAGGAACAAAAAAGAAUAUAUCAACAAUGCCAUUCGCUCCAGUCGCUACACUCUAUUAACAUUCAUUCCACAUCAACUCUGGUUUCAGUUUUCUAAAAUUCCAAAUUUAUACUUUCUAAUUACUGGAGUUAUUCAAUUGAUCCCGGGCCUCAGUACGACUGGAACCUACACGACAAUCUUACCUCUGGCCUUCUUCUUGCUAUUUACAGUUACAAGAGAGGGAUAUGAUGAUUUUCGUCGUUAUCAAUUGGACAAGGAGGAGAAUGGGAGAGUCGUUCGUGUUCUUUACGGAUUCCGACAUGGCUCGACUGGAGGUCACUUCAUAGCGUCAUGGCUGGAUAGACUGAAGUCAAGCGGAGCGAGCUUGAAAAAUGUGUUGGCGAGCCAAAAAUUCAUGAAAAGGCCUCCCUUCAAAUUUGAAGAGGAGCUUAUCCAGGCUGCAGCUACCGAAUCCAAUCCCUGGUUCAAAGUCAAGUGGAUUCAUGUCAAAGUUGGUGAUAUUAUUGAACUUGAUCGGGAUGAGCAAGUUCCUGCAGACAUAAUUCUCUUACACGCGGACGGCAGAGAGGGGAUCGCCUACGUCGAAACCAUGGCUCUAGAUGGUGAAACUAAUCUCAAAAGCCGCCAUUCUCUUCAUCAAUUGAAAUGCAAUAACCUAGACGUCCUCUCGAAAUCCCGAGCUCAUUUUGUAGUGGAGGAUCCAAAUCCCGAUCUAUACGGAUUUAGUGGAAGGGCUUCUCUGGGUGAUGUGACUCUCCCACUUACCCUGAGCAAUGUUAUUCUUCGGGGAUGUAUCAUCCGAAAUACUACGCGUGUUUUCGGUAUGGUUAUCAAUACAGGCGAAGAGUGCAAGAUCCGAAUGAACGCAAAUAAGAAUCCACAGGCCAAAUCCCCCGCAAUUCAGUCUAUGACCAACAAAAUUGUCAUUCUCCUGGCAUUGUUUGUAAUCAUCCUCGCUUCAGGUUGUACGGUUGGCUAUGUGAUCUGGGACCGUACUUUCCAAAAGAAAACUUGGUACUUGGCUAAUUCCGGUCUACCGCUGCACGAAAUCUGGAUCGCAUUCGCUAUCAUGUUUAACAAUCUAAUCCCACUUGCUCUAUAUGUUAGUCUUGAGCUUAUCAAGCUUGCCCAAUUCAUUCUUCUUGCAGAUAUCGAGAUGUAUGAUGAGGCGUCAAAUACUCCAAUGGUAUCGAAUACGCAGAAUAUAUAUGAAGACCUUGGGCAGGUGAACUACAUACUCUCAGACAAAACUGGAACUUUGACAGAGAAUGUCAUGCAACUUAGGAAGAUGACCAUUGGAGGCGUGGAAUGGAAGCACAGUAGCGAAAAUAUAAGGGGAAAAGCCACCGAGAAGAUAAUAACGAAGAAUGAAAGCUUGCAACAUGAGAUGACAGAGAUCAUUGAAGAUGUUUCCACGAAUAUCUCAGACGGCCUCAGCACUCCGAGGAUAACUAUCGAGGUGCCCAUUUCCAAAACUACUGAAGAGACUACCCAGGUCGGAACCUUCCAUGAGGAAUCCUCAGACGACAUUAUCAAAUAUUUGCAGCAAAACAAUUCGACUCCUCUGGCAGUAAAACUUCACUUUUUCAUUCUUUCUUUGGCAAUCUGUCAUACCUGCUUCCCAGAAGGCGAGAAUAGCGGGAAAUCCGGAUUCCAAGCUGCUUCUCCAGACGAACUUGCAUUGGUAGAGGCAGCUCAGGAUUUGGGAUACCUACUCAUCGACAGGACAACUUAUUCGAUGACUAUUUUAAAGUCUCCGUUUGGCACAAUUCCAGGUGAUCGCCAAACCUACGAAGUUCUGAACACUAUCGAAUUCAGCAGUAAGCGAAAAAGAAUGUCCAUCGUUGUUAGGUUUCCAGACGGGAGGAUUUGCCUCUUCUGCAAAGGAGCAGAUUCAGUUCUUCUACCAAGAUUCCGAAGUGGCUUCAUGGCACAAGAAACGGCAUCUCUCGUCCAAAAACGUCAUUUGGAGCGUGUGAGUAUGGAAGUAGAAGAGGCUUUAGCACGAAAAAACAUGGAAGUUGAGUCACGGAAAAGUUUUCAGCGCUCAAGUUUUCAACUAUCCCGCUCGAGUUUAACUAUCGCCAGACCUGGACCACCUAAAAGAACCAACAGCAGCAGCUAUUUUGGACGAAGAAGUAUGAGUAUUAUUGAGCCUGAUCUCGUAAUGAAAACACCGGGAGCUACAAAUGGAGGAGCCCCUAGAAGAUCGAUGGGAAGCUUCGCAAACGCCUUGGCAGUUCCACCUGAACGAGAUGAUUACUUCCAAUAUGCUACGCAUGAUCCCCAUGAUGAAGCAAGUACACUCGAACGGUGUCUCGAGCAUAUCGAUAAUUUUGCUUCAGAAGGCUUACGUACACUCGUUUACGGAUAUCGCUUCCUUGAGGAAGAAGAGUAUUUGGCCUGGGAGAAACAACAUCGCGAAGCCACAACUAGCUUAACGAACCGUCAAGAAUUGAUUGAGUCAGCAGCCGAAGAACUCGAAAAGAAUCUUGAUCUAGCUGGGGCAACUGGAAUUGAAGACAAGCUUCAAGAAGGCGUUCCUGAGACCGUUGAAAAAUUGCAACAAGCAGAUAUCAAGAUCUGGAUGCUAACAGGAGACAAACGAGAAACAGCAAUCAACAUCGCCCACUCAGCUCAACUAUGCAAAUCUUACUCUGAAAUCGUGAUCCUAGAUGGAAGCGACAAGGGAGAAACCCUCGUCUCCAAGAUGUCCGACACCAUCUUGAAACUCGCUGCCAAUCGCAUCGCCCAUUCCGUCAUAGUAAUCGAUGGCCAAACCCUGAUAGAGGUUGAAGCGAAUGAGACUCUGAACGCACAGUUCUACUCCCUCCUCCUACAAGUCGACUCGGUAAUCUGCUGUCGGGCUUCUCCCUCCCAGAAAGCAGCCAUGGUUAAACGAAUCCGGAUCCUCUCUCCCAAGUCCAUUACUCUAGCCAUUGGCGAUGGCGGAAAUGAUAUCGCCAUGAUUCAAAAGGCCCACGUGGGAAUCGGAAUUUCUGGCAAAGAAGGACUGCAAGCUGCUCGCGUGGCAGAUUACUCGAUUGCACAAUUCCGAUUCUUGCAGCGUCUCUUGUUGGUACAUGGUCAUUGGCUGUACAUGCGGACUGCUAAAUUUAUUCUCCUGACUUUCUGGAAGGAAAUGUUAUUCUAUGUCGUGCAAUUGCUCUACCAACGUUGGAAUGGAUAUACCGGUACCUCUCUUUUCGAGUCCUGGAGUUUAGCGGUCUGGAAUACUCUCUUUACAUCAUUGCCGGUUAUGAUACCAGGGAUCUUUGAACAGGACCUGCCAGCGGAAACUCUACUUGCUGUUCCGGAACUGUACUCUUAUGGACAGCGGAAUCAAGGGUUCAACAUCAGGAAAUAUUGGUGGUGGAUGUUCAUGGGUAUCUCCGAAGGGGUGGGGAUCUAUUUCCUAAUCUACGCACUGUAUGGGAGACAUGAAAUGGGCGAUCAAGGGUUGUUUGCACUAGGCAAUCUGGCGUUCAGUGUUUGUGUUGUUUUCAUCAAUGUGAAACUCUUGUAUGUAUUCCCCUUCCUUCGCCUCUCGUCCCCCUUCUCAGCUGGAUCUUCACUAACAUUUUCAUCUUCACAGAAUCCUGGACUAUCAAUAUCUAACCUGGAUUCCCAUCUUCUCGGCUCUCCUUACCAUCGCUGGCUGGUGGGUAUGGAAUCUCUUCCUCUCAGCCGCAUAUCGCAAUGCACCAGGUGUGUAUAGCGUACACUCGGCUUUCAUCGAGCACUUUGAUCUGGCGUGGUGGUGUGUUUUGCUUGUUGUAUAUAUGGUUUGCAUGGUUGUGGAGUUGUAUGUUGGGAGUGUGGAGAGGCUGUGGGAUGAUUUUGGUGGUUGGUCGGGAAUCAAGAAGGUAUGGAGGGACCGAGGAGGGGAUGAAAAUGGGAUUGGAUCGAGGAUUGGAUUGAAGUUGAGGUUCUGGAAGGGGAAGACAGAGGCUUAAGUGAGAGGGGGGCGUUGGAUGUGUAUAUGUGUUCAUGGGUAUAUACGGUAUGUUUGGGAUAGAAUAAUUCUUAAUAGGUCGAUAGAGAUAGAGCACGUUGAGUUUCAAUCACUGGA